AUGUGCUACCACAACGACGAGAGCCGCUCCAAGAUUCUUCAAGUGAUCUCAUGGAGUAUGGAAGCUUUGGGACGUGGCAUCUACCCCUUGAGCGAUCCAUGGGGUAAGGAGUUCUCCAAGACAUACGAACCGGCGAGGUUCAAAAAAGCUGGCCAGCUGCUGGUGGAUCCUGGGUCGGGCCGAGCUGCCAAAGGCAUUUUUGAUGGCAUCCAGGCAGAUCUAGAGUUUGUCAAGAAGAUCCUGUUCCUCCAGAGAAUCUCGACAGCAUUUGAUUAUAUAGCAAACACUUUGGAAAACUAG